AUGUUUCCAUUCACUGACACGGAGCAGAAAGAGAGAUUGGCCAUUGAGAGACGAAGAAUGGCAGAGGAGGAGCGGAAAAAGAGAAUAUUUGAUCCGAAAUUAAGAACAAUGGGUGUUGAUGUUCCGGGAAUACAAUCUCAAAUUGAGGAGAAGGAGCUACUGAAGAAGAGAGAGCAAGAGAGAGACUUGUUCUUUGAUAAAGCUGCCCUCACCAAUGUCAAAGUUGCAAACAUUAUUGAAAAUCAACACAAGGAAGCAAAAAAGCAUUACCUGAAGGAUAUUAACGAAUUUAGACAGACAGAGCAACAUUUUGAAACCAGAAGAGAAUUUGAUUUGAACGAUCCCAAAUACUUGAAGAAAAGCCAACCCGCUAGAAUUGGUGACAACGAUCCGACAUUAAGCAUUUCUGGUGGGCAAAUCAUGCAUGGAGAAGACCUCGGUAAAAAGGAUCGAGUUAAAUCGCAACAACAACAAUUAAGAACUUGGGUUUCAGAGCAACUUGCUGAAAAGCAAGUGAUUAAGGAAAAGGAAGACUUGGAAAAGAAGAUGUUCGAGCAAAAAGAAAUGGAGGUUCAGUUAUUGGCAUACGAAUUGAGACAAAAAGAGCAACAACUCAAGCAAGAAAAGGAAAGGUUACGGAAGGAAUUCAAUAUCGAGCAAUGGAAUGAAAAAGAGGAGCGUGAGAGGGUCAUUAGGGAAAAGGAAGAGCUUGACAAGCUGGAGGAGAUACAAAAUCAGCUAAAUAAUCACGUGUUAAAUGAAAGCUUCCACACUACCAUUCAUGCAAAUGACCCUUCUAGAUUUAGACCUGACCAUUUUAAACAUCUACGAGAGGAUCAAUAUGAGCAAAUAGAGAAAACAAGACAAGCUCAAUUGCAGGAAAUUCGCGAGAAACGGGAUGCAGAAAGUCUUACUCAACAGUACUGGGAUAAAAAACGAAUCUUAGAGUCCAAAAUGGCAGUACUCUCUCAACGAGAACAGGAGCGAGCAAAGAAGCAACAGGCAGCAGAGUUAUUGGAAUGUCACAAAAGACAAGCAGAGGAGAAAAAGCUGAAAGAAAAGGUUAUCAAUCAGGUGUAUGCUAAUCAAGUCACUGAGGACUUUUUUGACCGCUUUAACCAAAGCAGCCGCUAA